AUGCGCUUCACUCUUAUCGCCCUCGUACCCUUAGCUCUUGCCAUCCCCUUCCCCGGAAGCACGCCCGUCACCGCGCCCGCCCCAGGCGGAGUCACCAUCAAAGCCAUCAAAUUCGCCGGCUCGGGCUGCAAGGCGGGCUCAGUGGAGUCACAGCUCUCGAGCGACAAGACGACGCUGACGUUGCUGUACGACAGCUUUACCGCCGAGGCGGGCGAGGGCAUUCGGGCCUCGAACGCCCGCAAGAACUGCCAGCUUAACGCCGCUAUCAAGUACCCCGGCGGCUGGCAGUUCUCCAUCUUCAAGGCCGAUUACCGCGGGUCGGCAACUUUGGGGAAGGGGGAUAAGGGGGUCUGUAAGGCUACUUACUACUUUUCUGGGGACUCGCAGCAGGUUUGUAUCUCGAGCAGCAAGACCAUCGAUGGACCUUACGACUCGGGUUACAUCAAAACGGACGAGUUUCUCGUCAGCAGCAAGGUCUGGUCGCCCUGCGGUGCUGAGGGACUGCUCAACAUCAACUCAGAAAUCAGCGUCAAGCCCAAGGAUUUGAAGGCGAAGCCGUACAUGUCGGUUUACUCGACCGACUUGAAGUUUACUCAGCUGCUUUAUCUUCAGUGGCGCCCGUGCACAAAGUAG